GACCGACCUGCCCAAUUCGGAGCCGAGCGUGUAGAACUCCUCCACGGUGCCGUCCCUGCGCGAGCCGUCCACCCAGAAGUCCGCCGUCUCCGAACCGGGCCGGGACGUCGGCAUCUUGAGCGCAGGCAGCGGGUUCCGAGUCCAGAUGGGGCAGAACCAGAACCAGAACCAGAUUAGAGGGAUGGAGAGGCGGGCGGGGUUGCUGUUAAUCCCGCCUCAAAACGCACAACCGACACGGACCUGUUUUCUUUUUCUUUUUUUUCUUUUUCUUUUUUUUUUGUUUUUGUUUUUUUUACUCCACACCGAUACCAGAACUCGGAACCUGCUCAGCUUCCAUCGGGCCUACAACGGGUCGGACGCCGGCUCCGUUCGUGCCAUCGUCCUCGUCGCGGCAGACCUGCCUCCGCACCGGUGUCCGUUUUUCCGUGGUGGUGGUUCCUCCGGACACAAGCGCGGACCGUCCAAAUGGCGCAGCCGUGUUCUUCGGACGGGGUCCGGUGCGCUGUGUGUGAUGUAGCGGCGGCUGCGGCUGCUGCUGCUGCGGCGGCGGCGGCGAUAAUCUCCCCGCCCCGCCCCCGGCAGCAUUCGGGCCAAUCCAAAUCUCGCCAAUGGACGCUCGAGCUGUCACUCACAGCCGAGCCCGCAAAACGCUCACUUCCGCCUCUUGGCGAACUCCUUCCGGUUCCCAUUUGUCUCGCUUGAGAGCUCGUUCUUGUUUUCAUUGAGUGUUCUUCUUGGAUCGAUUCCCAGUCGAGAGGCGGUUCCCCGCUGUAGUUCCCCAGGCGUCCACAGAGGGGCGCGCCCGUCAACACAAUUCCAGCCGACGUACGGGCGCGAUGACGCCACGCUCACGUCGCGUCACUCCAUUUCCUGGUCGGCGUGACGUGUGCUUUGUCAACAAAGUGGCUGGUCGCGUUCCGAACGAGACUUGAGCGCUCUCUUCGAGUUCUUCAACGACUUCGAGGUCUUUCCUUUGCUUUGCUCCUUUUUUUAUGGCGGCGUACGCGCUUGUUGCGCUUCUUGUGGUUUUUCUUGUUCCGCUGUGCCGGACGCUCGCGGUUGUGGCGACGGAACCGAGCGGCACCGCCUGGAGAAACGGCAGCGGCGGCGGCGGCGGAGGACCGGAAGUGAUGAGGGGCUUCUCGGUUGACUCGGCCAUGGUCCAGCGAGCUUUGUACGUGCUCGUCGCCAUCAGCGCCUUUGGACUUCUCUACUUCCUCGUCAGGGCCGUGCGCGUGAAGAAGCCGUCCCACAGGAAGAAGUACGGCGUGCUGGCUCACUCCGAGGACGCCGUGGAGCUGACGGCGGCCGCCGCCAGCGACGACGAGGACGACACGCUCUACGAAGCUCGCUCCCUCCGCAGGUCAGAGGUCGCAUCGUGACGCCGCACGGCCGACAUCACACUGACCUUUGACCCCAAACCACGCGUGUGUUCAGAUGAGUGCGGCGGCGAAGAUGAUUGACGGCCGACGACUUUUUGGUCAUCAUCACUUUUCUUUCCUUUAUUUGCUUUUUUUUUUUUUUGGUGUUCUAUUGUAAUUUUUGCAAUUGUUUUAAUUUAUUUUCUAAAUUAGUUUUAUUUUGUAUGUCAUUAACUUUUUUAAUUUUUUGCUGCUGCUGUUUUCCAAAGAGGAGCCGGAACCCGCUGACUGUCACAGCCCGUGAUUGGUCCAACCAGAUUUGCCCGUCUCGGUGACGAGCAUUAUGGCUAAUGUGGACUACGUAUUUUUAUUUCACUUUUUUUUUUUUACUGGGGGAGGGUUCAUGGUGACGGGUGUAAUGCUGACAUUAAACCAGCAGGUGUCGUUUGGAGCAAAAUGUUAAUGUCAAUUAAAAGGAUACCUUUGUAUUCUUCAACAUUCUUUUUUUCCUUUGCAUAGUUGUAGACCACAGAUGUUAUGUUUAUCAAUAACAACACACGUGUAGACAGUUUGGCAGUGUCUAGAAGAUUCAUAUUUUAUGUGUGGGUCAUUUUCAUAUUUGCCUAAUAAUGGUAGACACACUUGUAUAUUAAAAAAAAAAUUCUUGUCGUA